AUGGUGCAGCUAAACCGCAGACUUGAUGCCAAAUUCAGCGAAAUCCUGCAUGGAAACUCGAGUGAAGCCCGUGGUGGCCUGGUUGCCAUGUGUAAGAAAGAUUUCAAGGCCCAGAAGAUAGCAGUGGAAGACUACUUCAAACAUUGGGAUAAUACGACAUCUGAAGAGACAGAGGAUGCUCGACUGGCCCGGAGAGCAGAAUAUGCCUCAUUGACCCAACAAUACUAUAACCUUGUCACCGAUCUCACUGAACACGCAUGGAACACUUCUUUCCACUUCUGCCGGAUUGCCAAAGGUGAACCGUUCAGCCAAUCUAUCAUUCGCCACGAACUACAUCUGGCUCGUUGCCUGGGCCUCGGAGAGGGGCAAAAGGUUCUUGAUGUCGGUUGCGGCAUUGGUGGACCGACCCGUGAGAUUGCCAAGUUUGCAGACGUACAUGUUGUUGGCCUCAAUAACAACGAUUAUCAACUUCAACGGGCAACCCGCUAUGACACCGAGGAAGAUCUGCAGGACCGGAUCCACUAUAUCAAGGGCGACUUUAUGCGAAUCCCCCUCGAGUCAAAUUCAUUCGACGCUGCCUAUUCCAUUGAGGGCACAUCCUACGCUCCUAGUCUUCAAGGUGUGUAUGCCGAAAUAUUCAGGGUCCUCAAGCCGGGCGCGACCCUUGCUGUCUUUGAACUGAUUUUGACGGAUGCUUAUGACAACCAUGAUCCCGAGCACCGUGCGAUCCGUUGGAACAUAGAACAAGGUCUCGGCAUCACGAACCUUGUGACAAUCUCGGUGGCAGUAGAAGCGAUCAAAGCGGUCGGCUUCAAGCUGGAAUCUGCAGAGGACCUCGCUGACCGCCCUAGCGAUAUUCCUUGGUACCACCCCAUAACACGAUCAUUCAAAUGGAUGAGUACCUUGCAGGAUACGUUGGUUUUCAACUACAUGGCUUUUUUCCUUCGCUCUUUCUAUUUUCACGGUGCUGCCUAUUGCUUUGUCGGGGGUUGUGAGAGGUUGGGCCUCUUACCUCCAGGUACACAGAAAAUUGCAACACGUCUAGCUCGAGGACAUGACGCACUUGUGAAGGGGGGAGAGAAGAAGCUUUUUACUCCCUUGUUCUUAAUGUCUGCCAAGAAGCCGCUAAAUUGA